ACCGUUUCUCAAUCUUCCAAGACACUGAAUGCGCGCCCACAAAUCCUGGCGACACAGCACCACAGCACCACAAGAAAUCAGCAAAAUGAGGCAGUUUCACUCCAGAUGAACCCGCUUUGGUACCAUGUUGUGGAUUGGAGAGAUUUGGUGUUCAGGGUUGAAAGGAGAGAGAAGCCAUUGAGAUGGGAAGCUUCUGGGGAACUCACGAUCCCCUUCUUGACCUUCUUUAUUUGUUUUUUUACAGUUCAGUCCCUAGUAAAGUCUAUAACUACAAUAUACAUAAACAAGGAGUUACAAGAAGAGAGUCUUCGGGGCCGGGGACACUACUCCGCAUCAGAGAUUCAGAGCUGAUGAAUUGCUUCUGGUGUCCUGUCCAUCUCAAGAUCAAGAUGAGAAAAAGUAGCACCGUCCUCGCCAUCUCCAUCUUGGUCCUCCUCUCCCUUGCCUCCCAGGUCUCAAGGUGUGCAGCAUCAGCUGAGGGAAUCGCUGGAGUCUCCACGAAGCGGCAUCGGCUCAGGCCUCAUCUCCAGGUGCAAGAACAAUUGCAUGAAACUGGUUGGGCAAUUUGUUCACGAACUGAAGGCGAUAUGAAAGACCACCUGGAAUUCCAGAGUCCCAGCCGGAAGCUUGGGCCUGGGCAUCAGGUGGUGAGCACGGUGGAGUUGAAGCAUCACGGGAGGAUUACCACCGGGCACAAGGGUGGCAGCGCGGGUGGAGGUGCCGCCGGUGGUGCCGCGGGCGCGGGCGCGGGUGGGCGGAACGUCGGCGGCGGGGGCGCCGUGACGAGGCCGCACGGCUCCAAGAACGGCGCGGCGGCGCUGCCGGUGCCGGUGGCGUUGCUCGCCUUGGGCUGUGGCGUUGCUCUGUCAGCCUUGAGCUACUGAUGAAAUGGAGCUCUACGUCAGUCAGUAUCUCCGAGCCGAUUUUACGGGUAAUUAGUGUGCUAGUUUCUCGAUUUGUUUGUUGUUAUAUAGUAUUUGAUAUCAAUAUAUCAUGGUGUGUAAAUGGCAGUCCAGCUAUCUGUCAGUAUACUUGACUAAAAUGUUUCAGAGUCCACAUGAAUUCUUUAUUUUUGGUUUCCUUGUUUUUGUCCUCGGACAAUUUCACAUAUAGAGGAAACUUAUAUGAAUUUUUUCUGUGAUCUUUUUACAAUUGGUUGAUGUGGAAAAUCAAUGAGUUGUUGUUACCA